UUAUUAACUAUUUGGAUGUCGGGGGGAGAAGAAGAAGUGAACAAAACAAAAAAAGAUCAUCCUUAUCAUGCCCAUGUCAUAUUGUGUACUCACUUGGCAAAUGUCAUGUGUGCUGAAACAUUAAUGGGAACUGGGACAUUUAAGCUAGUUUACGCAGUUUAACAGUUCUGUAUUUAAUUACUCUUCUAAUUUUUCAUUCAAGAAAUGGAGAGUAAUAUAAACAACAACAACAACAACAAAAAAACAUAUACACACUGAUGUCUACAGUAUUAUCUGAAAUACCUGGUAGCUUAAAGUAAAAACAAAAUAGAAAUCGUGAGUAACUGCUAUGAGUUCGGCUGAACUUCCAACACUAAAAAUGAAAUCACGACUAAAGUACGUUUCUAUUAAUAGUACUUCUCCAGCUAAGCAACUCCCGCACAAUUGGGGGCAGUCAUGUUCCAAAAAGUUCUAGCCAAGGAAAAGCAAAAAGAAGAAUGCCAUACCUUUGAAUGUUGGAUACCGGGGGAAUCUACUGUCCAAGCACUAUUAUACAGUAAAGUCUGCAAUCUACAACAACGCAAUGGAUACCAGCCCAGUAUUACUAGGUAACAUUACGAAGUCUUCAACCGAUGAGCUAGCUUAGCUAAAUAUGUAUUUUGGUGGGAUGGCUUACGGAAUUUCCCAGGAAACCUCGCAAAUUAAUGCCCAAAUUUGCAUGUUGAAACAUACAUGCACCGACUUUAUGUCAGUGGGCUCUUUUUAAGUUGAAAUACCGAGACGGUUUCUGGUAUAGAGUAAGGUUAACUUGUUUAGGCAGCUGAGAGGGUCGAUACGUCAUGGCCAGCAACCUCUGGACAGUGUUACCUAGCGACGGCAGUGCUAGCCAACAGAUUAGCACUGACAAGCACUGCCGUCGCUGUGCGUCCUUCAGUCAGUAGAAUGAAAGAAAAAACAAAAAACACGUAAUUUCCCUCCACACAAGCUUCUGCUGUGUUUCAACUAAAGGAUACAUCUCAGGGUAUACUAUAGCGGAUUGACUUUCAUUGAUGGGAUCCAUAUCUAAAGCCCAGUUGGCUCCCUUGCCAAGGACAGAGGUCCUUGUCUAUUGGGUGCUUUCCUUGGGCUCUCAUCUCUACUCUUUCUAUCAACUUCACAGGUUCAGCAAAGAGUAUGAAGUGGGAUUAGAGAGAGAAUUCCAGUUGGAAAAGGGCCUUGUUAAAGGUUUUAAAAGGGACCCUUUAGAUUUUGAGUGGAAUUUCUGGACUGACUGGGCUAAGCACUCUUUACUGUGGACUCUGAUUGGUCAUGCUGUCUUAUCAAGAUUAACCAGCAUCUUUUACCCCAAGCUUAGAGUGCCAGCACUUGCGAUAUAUGGCUUCUUAGCAGCCAGCAGUGUUUUGGGGAUUAAAGGUGUGAGUGUGCUGCUGGUACAUCUGGGCUUGUCCUUUUCUAUGGCCCAGCUGCGAAAGCCCGCUCUGUCGUGGGCAUGUAACCUGCUGCUUCUCUACACACCUCAUAUCAAAGAACUUCAAGACAUCCAGAGAGGCUGGUAUGAGAGUGAUGAGGAGCACUAUCUGCUGCUCUUCAGUGUUGCUGUUUGUGGUCUGCGCUUCAUCAGCUUCAGCCUGGAGCACUGCUGGAGCCCUGAAGACCAAUGCAGUAUUGUGCAGCUUUGCUGGCUGUUUUCGUAUACUUUCUAUCAUCCUUUUUUCUAUAAUGGACCCAUUAUAACCUACAAAAACUACAUUGAGCAGAUGCAGAAGUCUGCGGAGGAAAGUGACAGGGAUGAAUCUGCCCUUAGUUACUUGGUGCUCAGAUUAGGACGGAUCAUUUUGUGGUGGUGUAUUGCAGAAUACAUGAUCCACGUCAUGUACAUGCACUCCAUCCAGUCUAAUGAGACCUACAUAGAAAUUCUUCCUCCUUGGGCCUUAGGUGGUCUUGCUCUAGCUGUCGUCCAGUUCUUCUAUGUGAAGUAUCUGGUACUGUUCGGCCUUCCAUCCAUGCUCGCUACUUUGGAUCAGCUGGUUCCCCCCAAGCUUCCCCGUUGUGUCAGCAUCAUGUACAGUUUCACAGGCAUGUGGAGGCACUUUGAUGAGGGGCUGUAUCGAUGGCUCAUCAGAUACAUCUAUGUUCCACUGGGAGGUUCACGCCAUGGUCCUCUUUGCAAAAUGUUUUCCACUGGUGUUGCGUUCGGAUUCGUCUGCCUCUGGCACGGUGGACAUGACUUCUUACAGUACUGGGCCCUGAUGAAUUGGGCUGGAGUUCUGGUGGAAAAUUCUCUGAAGUCUCUCUUUGCCUCGACCUUUAUUCACUCCGUAGUUGAGCAGAAUUUCUCUGCGGCGAUGAAAAGGCGAUGCAUCGCCCUUGUCUUUGCCUUCUCUACUGCUAUGCUCAUCCUUUCUAAUCUGGUGUUCCUUGGGGGAAUACAUGUUGGCAGAAUCUUCUGGAAGCGUGUCUUCAUUCACGGCUGGUCUACCAUGGCCCCACCAAUGCUAGCUUUCCUCUACUGCUAUGCUCAGAUUGGACUUGAGUGGACUCCUCACCCACCGUGAGUCACCUUGACUUAAGAGCAGUGACUGAGAAUCCCUGCUACUGGACAGAUACAACAACCUGCUGACUCCACUGCCUUGCUCUCACCAGCCAGAGUCUCAGUGUGGUGGACCUGGCUCAUAGCCACACAACCUGUCCAAACCUGGCUGAAGUACGGCUGAGCAGCCACUUUCCAAAACCCGCAGGUCUGCACAAAAUUUGUCUGUAAGCUGAUACUUACAGAGAAAGUUUUCUGAACUUUGGGUGAAAUGUAAGUGCACCCAAACUGUAAUAAAAUUGCUGAAAAUUUAGGGCAGUCUGUAAUAGCAGCUCUGAGGCAGUAAGCUAGAUGAAAUCACUGCUAUUCUAAGAAACUGUAAAAGAAAAUGUGGACUCUGAAUCUCUCUCUUGGUUAUAUGACUUUGACAAGGUAUUGCUCGGAGUUGCAGGAAGCUGAAGAAAGUACCGUCUUCCUGUAGCUCUCCACAAAAAACAAUCAGAUGUAGACGGUUGACAAAAAAAAGCAUAUCCAACUGCAGCCUUUGAUUGAAAACACUAAUCCUGUUGAUUAUCAGUUUAUUACAUCUGGGAUGUAAUAAAUGACAAGCUGUUUUUGGCUUAUUUGUUGUUACACACUAAAUCACCUUUCAUUUCCAAAAUGUCAACAUAACAACUAAAUUUAGACAAAAGUAAAAUCUCAUUUUGUUGCAAAACUCAUCUGCCAUCUGUCCAAAUCUGUCAAGUACUUGGUCAUCAAGGACUGUCAGAAUGUGCCUGCUCAGUCAAAGCAAUGUGAUUAACACUGAGGGUUAUGAAACAGCAGAGGAGUCCAAUCCAUCUGUGGUUUACUGUAAAGCUUUUGUUUCAAGGGGGUUUUGCAAGUCAUAGGCUGAUUACACAUGUGAGAGUGACACUGCUGAAUAAUGUGCAUUAGAGCUGAUAGAUGUUGUUGUUGUUGUGUGUGUGUGUGGGGGGUUGGGGGGGUAUUUAAGGCACUUUCGAAUUGUAUGUUCAAAGUUACACUGCCAGAUUAAAUGUCAAUGUAUAUUACUCAAUAUUCACUCCAUUUACUUCAAAACCAGGUAUUAUACUGUGCAUAUUAAGAAUAAAUAUAAUAUAGCCUUAUAUACACUCCGUGUUAAUCAGUGUUGUUCGA